AUGGGGUUCUCUGCCCUUACCGCACUUAUCAAAAUCAAGCUGAUCAUCUUUUGUUUCAAGAGGCUUCUACUGUUUAACAAAUAUAAACAUAUUAAGUUAGAUGCACAAAGGAGGAAAAACAGAAAAAAAUUAAGACAAGCGCAAGCAAAUAGUGAAAAUGCUGUAGCUGAAGCCGACAUUAGAAAAAAUGUUCAAACGAAAACAAUUUAUUUUAUUAGACAUAGUGAAUCAGUAUGGAACAGUAUAUUCAACACGAAGGUAACUAUGAAAAAUAUGUUGAACGUAGCCCUGAUGUUUUUUUAUGAAAUUUUCUUUCUAUUUAGCAAAAAAUCAAGUUUAAUUGAUUCCCCAUUAAGUAAAAGUGGAAUAGAGCAAUCUAUGGAAUUAUGCCAAUUUCUAAAAGACAAUAUUAAUGAUAAGGAAAGUAAACAAUUAUGUGGAGGUAAUGAAUUUAUGCAGUUAGAAUAUUUAGAUCAGGCAACUAAAGAAUUGGAUGAAUUUUAUACUAAAUUAUGUGAUGGUGUUUAUAAUACUAUAACAGAAAAAGAACAAAAAUAUGUUACUAUUUGUGAUGAUUUUUUUUAUCAAACAACAAAAGAAGAACAAAAAUAUGCUGGUAUUUGUAAUGAUAUAUUUCUUAAAGCUACGGAUGAAGAAAAACCGUACCAAAAAAUAUGCAAUGAUGAACAGGACUUAUCAAACUUAGAAUUUCACUUUAAGAAGCUGUGCGAUGGCUUCUAUGAUGCAGCAUUAUAUAAAGAUAAAGGAUUUGUUCAACGAAAUUUUGAAGAAAGUGAAGAUGAAGAUGAUGAUGAGGACGACGAUGAUGAUGAUGAUGACGAUGAUGAUGAUGAUGACGAUGAUGAUGACGAUGAUGAUGACGAUGAAGAUGAUGAAGAGGAUGAAGAGGAAGAAGAAGAUAUUAAAAAGCCUAACCUGAAAGGUUCAAAUACACAAUUGAAAGGUUCAACAGGAAAAUUUCCCCAAGUGGUAUAUGCUAAAGCUAAGGACCCCAGAACGGAAAAACAAAGAGAAGAACAACUCAAAAAGGAAAGAGAAGAAAAGCUCAAAAAGGAAAGAGAAGAAAAACUCAAAAAGGAAAGAGAAGAAAAACUUAAAAAGGAAAGAGAAGAAAAACUUAAAAAGGAAAGAGAAGAAAAACUCAAAAAGGAAAGAGAAGAAAAACUUAAAAAGGAAAGAGAAGAAAAACUCAAAAAGGAAAGAGAAGAAAAACUCAAAAAGGAAAGAGAAGAAAAACUCAAAAAGGAGAAGGACAAAAAUAAAACCCCGUCAUCGACAAAAUUGACAAAUACGAGAGAUAGUGGUAUGAGUAAGAGUGAAGUAUGCUUGAGACCAAAAGCUCCUAAAGAGGAAGACCCAACCAAAUCUAUGUUUGAUUUAAUUCUUGAUGGAGAAUCUAGCGGAUUGGGUAGUGACUCCCAAUUUGAGCAUGCAAAAUUACUAAACGCUCCAAAGAAGAAAGAAGGAGACUUAAGACGACAAGCGAUGCAGAAGAAUUUUCAAAAGUCUCUGGAAGGUACUAGUACCGAUGCAAAGAAAGAUGAAUUUGGAAGCACACUCAGUUUGGGUAGUAUUAUGGAUGGAGAUGACGGAAGUAGCAUAGGUGAUCCUGAAGAAAAAGAUAAAGUCAAAACUGAUUUCGAUACGGCGUCUGUUGCAUCUGCAGAUGAAGAAGUAUACAACUCUGAAAACAUGCUUAAUAUGUCUGUGCAAGAACAUAUAGAUGUUUUAAAUAAUACUAAAUAUCAAAGUGUUGUGUUAUGUUCAGAUUUAAGAAGAGCUAUAACGAGUUGUUUCAUUGCUCUAAAGGAUAGAUUCAAUACAACAGAUGAAAACGUUUAUAUUUUAAAAUCAUUACAAGAGCUUAGUAGAAAUGCAGAUUCGAUUACCUUAUAUAAUUUUUACCACAGAUAUAUAACACCUACUGCUAGCAAUUAUGUGAGUGCAGACGUUGACGCUUUAAUUAAGAAAAAUGUAAAAGAGGCUGAAAUAACACACAAGAGCAGAUUCCAAGAUACAUUAUCAUAUGUUUUUAAGGAUCCAAAUAACAUUUUUAUUAUAUUUGGUCAUAGUUUAUGGUUUUUAAGCUUUUUUAGAAACUUCUUACCACCCCCACACAAAGCAAGAAAUCAUAAAAUGAAAAAUUCCAGUGUUGUCGUGUUUAAUCUUAGCAAAUACACAGAUGAAAAAGAUGAAGAACAAUAUGAAAUAGAUAGAGAAAGUGUAAAAGUUGUGUUUAAGGGAUUCGAGAACAAGGUUUAUGCUAAGGACUAA